GGUUAUUAUGCAUCUGAGACUUUCCAUGGUUGACAGAUGGUGUUUUUCUGCUGAUUCACAGCACUGAAGUGGUUACUGGAAAAAGUACCAAGAGUUUAAUAAGGAGCAGGCCCAUACACACAACAAAAGUGCACCAUAUUCCACCAGUUCCAAAAGGGAAAAAAAAAAAGCAGUUUUUAAACCAAAUCACCAGAAUCACAUUUUCAUGCACACAAUGCAUGUUUGAAGACUCUCCAGCAAGAAUGCCAUUAGUAAACCAGCUUUUCAAGUCACUGUGUUAAUUGCAAUUUCUUGGGAUAUUCUGCCCUGGGUUAAAAGAAUUAAAGUCACACGCAGCACUUCUGAAGGAGGAUUCUGUCUUGGAAGGCUGGUUUAUCUUUUUUAUAAUGAAGAAUCAUCCCGUUAAUGAAACUUCUCUCAGACUUCUCACCAAUACACACUAACAAACAUAAAAUCAUAUCAAGGCUGUAGAAAGUGAUGGCAAUCUGGAAACCAGAAGAACAAAAUGAAUGUUGCUGAACAGUUGAACCUUAAAGCUCCGGAGCAGCUGAACUCUCAUUUUUCUCCAGAAAGAAUUCAAACUGUUUAUGAAAUUAAAUAGAACUUCUGGAACUGCACAUUGAACUAUGUUGAACAGGAAGAAAUCUCAGCUUAAUAGGCCUCAAGGAAAAAGAUCUACUGUAGCUGUUUCUUUAGUAUGGUUUUUGCAGCAAAAAGCUUAUUCCUGCUUGGGUAGAUAAGUUGCUUUUGGACAUUUCUUUCGCUAUCUCUAUGAUUUAAUACAUUUAAGGGAUGGAACAGUAAUGCAAGGGCUCGAGUUGCAGAUGAAAGGUCUCAAAAAGUUGGGAUUCACCAUACUUGUAGUAGAAGAACAGCAGGGCAGGUUCUUUCUGUCCCUACUGGCCCAAAUCCAGAGCAUCUUUGAGAGAAUGAGAGAACAAAAGCUGGAAAGCAUUUAGUGAAGUCUUAAUAGCACUCGCCUAUCUCACUGUUCUGUGUAUGUGAGUGUACAUAUAUUUUUGUAUGUAAACACACUAAUGCAUAUAAAUAAAUACACAUACACAUAUUCCUUCCUAGGUGUAUGCACAUGCAAUACUUAUACAUACACCAGCACAGAGUAAACUUCAUACAGAGGGAGAAUGCACAGCAGAAUCUAACACUGGGAAAGGUUUUCUUUAGUGUAUUUACACGCCUAGUCUCAGGCAGGAUGUGGUCUGUCAUUGCAGGGGCCACAGCACAAGGUGAGACUUUGCAAAAUGUAAUACAAGCUAUUAAUACUAGUUGGUCUGCAAAAUUCAUACCUGGCCCUCAGAUGGGAGGAUGUUAGGAUCCAGAGGGGAUUUUCUUCAAGAACUAGACUGGUUGUUUCUGGAACUCUGAGACAAAAGAUGCUGAGUUGGACACAUGAGGACAAACAGGCAAGAAACACAUAAGACUGAGAACAAUACUACAUUGUACAUCAUAUUGGUUGCAAUACAAACAAAAGACGUAACACAUGUUAACACAGUUAUGAUAACUGAGCAGUUUCAGUCUGACAGCCUUAAGCAGAGGCUUGUUCCUCUGACAGCUGUGUGUUUUGAAUCAUGAAUUAUGUGACUGAACAUUCAUGUUACACAUGAAUACAACUGCUACCAUCAAAAUCAAUCUUCUGCAGGGAAAUCUUUACCUGCUAGAUGCAUCACAGCACAGGUGUCAUGGCACAUAGCAGGUGAUGGCAUGACAGCUAGCAGUGCAAAUGCUUUGGGCUUGUUAACUUAUGAGUUCAAGACAGCUAUGUAUUAUGCCAUCUGUGCAUAAGACAGAAAUCCAAUUAGGGUUCUUACUUGAAUCUGAGCAACCUGAUCAGAUAUGGAGUCUAACCCUUCUUUGAGCAAGGCCAUUUGGAUGACAUUGCUCAUGACAUCCCUUAGAAAUAAAAUUAUUCUGUGAUCCACAGCAUACAAAAAGAGGGAUUCUCUGCUCCCCCCAGAAAUGGCAAAAGACACCUUCAGCUUCACUUGUAGAAAAAGGACAAAGGAAAAGCUGAGCUCAGACUUCCAGUUUUGGCACAGCAUGACUUCUGGGAGAAUGUGUGGUUCAGAGUCCCUCUUUAAAGGAAAAAGCGUAAGAAAUACAGAGUUUAAAAUCCAGUAAGCUUUUUGAAAUACUUCAAAAGAAAGUACAGCAUGAUAGAAAUACAGGUACCACACAAGCCAACAGAAUUUCAGCUGGGAGUAAAGGUGAGAGAAGAGACAAAAGGGUAGUUAGCCCUGUAAGGAGCAUGUUCUGAUUUAAAAAAAAAAAAAUCACACUUUCCUGCACAUAGAUACUGAUCCUUCACAAACUGUUUCCUCCAAGAGCUAGUAUCUCCUUCCUGUUGGAAACUCACCACAGGCACCAUAGUUACAAGUUCUGAUGCCAGUUUCUCACUAACAAAUAAAUACACCUUCUAUUCCAGGGGGUUUUGCUUUGCCUGAUUAAAGAUAUUGUUAAAGCUUCCACAAGUAUUUCUUGUACCCACAUGGGCUCCUUACUGAAUCUGGCUGUCCUCACUUCCUGGCUUACUACAACUUACUUGUUAAGUUACUGCCUCGCUGCACCCCUGAAGUGGUUGCCUUUAAGUGGUUGCUGAAAUGAUUAAUAUUUAUUUAGGAAAGCUCUUUGAAGAUGAUACAUGACAUAAAUAUCAGACAACGCUAUUAUGCUCCCAAAAAAACAAUACAGCUUUUGUGAGAUUAAAAGCCUAUUUCCCCCACUAGAUUUCUGGAAAUGCGUAAAAACAAAAUAACGUAGCCUUCUCUUUGCCAUUUAUCCCUCUUAUCUCUUCAAAGCUUUUAAUAGUAUUUCCCAUCUGAUUACUGCUAAUCACAUUGUUAUACUGCUUUUACAGCCUUGGGGGUUAUGAUAAAGCUUCUCUAUUAUUCCUGAUAGGAACAAAACAGUAGCAGGUAGGCAGCAAUAUACAUUUUCCAAAGAUCAGAGCCAUUAUUUAAUGUUUUUGUAAAUAUUUACUUUAGGAGCAGGCUAAAUGUUACUUAAGAUUUGUUCUAAACUGCUGUGUUUAAAGGAAAAAAAAUCAUGAGGACAUAUGGAACUCAUCUGAAGGAGAAAAAAACUGUUACAAUUACACAAAAGAAUUAAUUUCUUUUUCCUGGUACCUAAGAGUAAUGUUCAAAAAUACUGUGGCAUGCUUUGAAUCUGAAGUGGCACAUCAUGAUACAUAUCAUGUGGUUUGUGGUCUCUUCUUCCUAACCGCUUGCAGCUCUGGCUGGAGUUUCCCCAACCUGACUGUCCCACCAAAUUGGUACACACCCACACUGAGUUCCCAUUGGGAUUUCUGGUCCUGUUCUGCCCAUUUUUUUUUUUUCUUUCCCCUUUUUCUUAGUCAUCUUACCCACAAGUAGCAUAAAUCAAGGCGAGGCUGUGUUUUCACAGCUAGGCAGCUCUUGCAACAUCAGGGUUGAGUUCAGGGAAAUGGCUGGAAAACUGGCUAUGUCCCCCUCCCCCCCAACCACACCUGCCUUUUGGCUAAUGGAAGAUGAGCACAGAGCCAAAGAUAUUUGUUUAUUCUUGCUCUGGGUGCUUUGAUAUGUAUGCCACUGGUGAGGAUAGUUGCCCUGCCUCACAGCACGUGUGCCCAUGACUGAAGGCCUCAUGUUGUCUUCCAGAGCAUCUUUUGGGCAUCUUUUCCAUGCUAGUCACAUCACUGGAGGUGUCCCUACUAGGUGGGCCCCUGAGGGGAUACCAGGCCACCAGCACUGCCCUGUCAUCCGUGCACUUUGCAACCUUGCCACCUUCUAUCCCUUAUUCCACCCUCAGGGAAGCACUUGGAAAUAUUUCUUUGCCAUGGCCAAGAAACUUCUGAAGCCCAGGACUUUGUCUGGUACUAGCAAUUAAUAUUUCACCAAGAAAGCCUGCUAGCUUUGAUUCUUCUCCAAAUAGCAUGAAUAGCAGUUUUGGGGAAGUUUUAAGGUCGUAGAUGUGAUGGGAAGACUGGGAUCCCACCUGCUCUGUGGUGCUUAGUGCUCUGACAGGAUGCUGAGGUAACCUCGUGCCAACAGCUGCUACCACACAUUGCCAGCCUGCCCUGGCUCCUGCUGCAGGGACAUCCAAAGAGAGAUCCUGGCUGUGCUGCCAGCAAGAACUAACCUGUGUCUCGUAGACUCCUCCUGAGUGGAAGCUGUGUAAUUAGCGAUGCGAGCAGAACCGUUCAGAGGGGUUUGUUUUGAUCCCUGUGAUGCGUUGAGGUGGCCAAGAUGGCGAGGAUGGCUGAAAAGCAGGGCAGCCAGCAUAUCCUCUAUGUGCCCUCUGCUACAGUGAUGUUCAGAGAUGGGCGGGGAAGGCAGCGCCUGUGAGGACAUGUCACCUCCCGCCUCGGCAGCCAGCGGAAGGCUGUGAGCAACCUCAGGAGACUUUCUUUCUCGGGACGAGCCCCACGUGGGUGACUGUGUGACACCGUGCGGGACGGGAAGCUCCAAACUCCACGUUGGAAGCGCUACGCAGGUGCUGAGCCGGCGGGCGGGACGCCACCGCCCCUCCGUCAGCUGCGCUGGGGAGCGAUCGCCCCCUGGCGGCGGCCCGGCCAAACGGCGGCGGGAGGCGCGGGCGGGCCGGGGCGGCUGCGCGAAACUUUCCGCCGCAGCCCGAGUUUGGCCUCCCCGGCGCGGUGCGCCCCGCCGCCCCGCCGAGCAGCGUCCUCCGGGCCCGGGGCUCCGUGGGAGCUUUUCUUUUCUUUGCCGCCGCUGUGCUGAAUUUUCUUUCUCUCUCUUUUUUUUUUUUUAAUUGCUAUUAUUAUUAUUAUUUUGGCUAAUUCCCGCCUCCCCUCCCAACCUCCUCCCGAACCGGCGGGGCGGGAAGGGAGCUUCUCCAGCCUGCAAAAUCAAAGCAUGGCGGAGGCUGGCGAUGAGAACCGUCCUCCCCAAAGCAUCCAGCGCCUCUGACAAGCCCGGAGCCAGAGGGGGUGGGGGUGGGAAGGGCGGGAGGGGGGAGAGCAUGGGAGGGAGGGGGCGGCCAGUCCUUCCCCCUGCACUUGUCAGAUGCAGAUGGGACUGGCAAAGUUUGUUUGAAUAAAAAAAAAAAAAAGAAAAAGAAAAAGCAACCAAAAAGAAAAAAAAAAAAGGGGGAAGAGCAGGAGGAGGGGGAGGGAAAAAAAAAAAAAAAAAAAGGAUCCUAGAAGUCCAAAAAGGCUCAUCUGGGAAGGAGAGAGAGAGAGGAGAGCGAGAGGAAGCGGGAUGCAACUCAACCUGACGCUGAUCUGCUUCGUCUUCGGGGGUUUCCUGCCCGACGCCGCGGCCCGGCGGGAGCAGAUGGACACGGGGCAGUGCGACCUGCCCCGCUCGCAAGGAGAGCUGAACUCCUUCCUCUGGACCAUCCGCCGCGACCCCCCCGCCUAUCUCUUCGGCACCAUCCACGUGCCCUACACGCGGGUGUGGGAUUUCAUCCCCGACAACUCUAAGGCCGCUUUCCACGCCAGCUCCAGCGUCUAUUUCGAGUUGGAUCUCACCGACCCCUACACCAUCUCGGGGCUGGCCAGCUGCCAGAUGCUGCCCCACGGGGAGAACCUGCAGGACGUGCUGCCCCGUGAGCUUUACCGCCGCCUCAAACGCCACCUGGACUACAUCAAGCUGAUGCUGCCCCACUGGAUGACCCCGGACCAGCGGGGCAAAGGGCUCUACGCUGACUACCUCUUCAACGCCAUCGCCGGCAACUGGGAGCGCAAGAGGCCCGUCUGGGUGAUGCUGAUGGUGAACUCCUUGACAGAGACCGACAUCCGCUCCCGAGGAGUGCCGGUGCUCGAUCUCUACCUCGCCCAGGAGGCUGAGAGGAUGAAGAAGACGACGGGCGCGGUGGAGAGGGUGGAGGAGCAGUGUCACCCGCUGAACGGGCUCAACUUCUCCCAGGUGCUGUUUGCACUAAACCAAACUCUGCUCCAGCAUGAAAGUCUCCGAGCAGGCAGUUUGCAGGCCCCGUACACCACUGAAGAUCUCAUCAAACAUUAUAAUUGUGGAGACCUGAAUGCUGUUAUAUUCAAUCAUGACACUUCCCAGGUCCCAAACUUCAUCAACACUACACUCCCACCCCACGAGCAAGUAACAGCCCAGGAGAUAGACAGCUACUUCAGGCAGGAGCUCAUCUACAAGAGGAACGAGAGAAUGGGCAAGAGAGUGAUGGCGCUUUUACGAGAGAACACAGAUAAGAGCUUCUUCUUUGCCUUCGGAGCAGGUCACUUCCUGGGUAACAACACUGUGAUUGAUGUACUGAGACAAGCAGGAUUUGAAGUGGAGCACACCCCUCCUGGACAACCGAUUGGAAAUUCAAGAAUGACCAAGACGAGUCCUGCCUUACAAGGGUCCUCAGCAACAGCCCUGCCUGCUCUGCAGCUUUCUGAACAGGUCCCGCUGACAUCUCCUUCCCUGAAGCCCCUACAAAUGGAUGAAGAAGACAGCCUGUCUCCUCAUCUCUUGUUACCGGAUAGCAUCAGCCAGCUGGAAGAGUUUGGCAGGCAGAAGAAAUGGCACAAGAAACAACACAAACACCAUCGCCAGAGGCAGUUCAAUGACCUCUGGGUUCGGAUAGAAGACAGCACCACCACGUUGCCUUCCUAUAUCAGGAUAACCAAUGGCUAUAUCACAGUCAAACCUCCCAUUUGGAUUUCCAACCGGCUGGAUCAGAGGCCACGCUCAGAUCACCCAUCCCAGCCUCAGCCUACAAGCUCAGCUUCAGCCACCAUUUUAUGGCCAUCAGUGACUGCUCCUCUCUACGUGGCCAUAGCUUCAUUCCUCCUGAAUCUACUGCAGCCUUCCUGACCACAUUAGUAUUAUGUGCAAUCCCUUGGAAUAGAGAAGAGAGAUAAUUUAUGAACGAAUUGGAUGUUUUGACAACAUUUACAGACUGGACCUUCUCAGUGAAUCAAGAGUGCCUUCUAGCUGAUUUCGUCUCUUUGCCCAGAUACAUUUUGAAACUCUAAAGCUUUAUUGUAACACUGACUUACAUCUUCUUUUUGUAGAAGGAUCUUUAUUUCCCAUAGUGCUAUGGGGUUUUGUAAAAUAUUCAUGUUCAUAUAAAGAAAAAAAGAAAAAAUGUAUUUAUUCGACUGGUAAACUUAUUUUUUUCCUUGUUGUAUAUGUCAAUAACAUCCCUAGUAAUCAGUAGCGAUGGUGAAACAGAUAAAUUAAUAUUUUCUAUAUUUGUUUUCUAACUGACAACUCUGCAAAUGCCUGAAGUGGCACUGAAAUGAAUGGCUUGUUUCUUGAACCGUAACUUCUUACAGCAUUCAAUCCAAUAAGUACAUUUGUACUCUAUUUCACUUUUUCUAAAGUUCUCAUUAGAAUUACUUAGACUAAAUAAAGCAGAUCCCCUUCUCUGUGGCCUAUGCCCAAUAGAGGGGUAAGUGCAUUCUCAAGUCAGCUGCUACAACCUAAAAUCUCAGUUAUUUUAUAUGACUUAGUAAGUCACUAGUCAAAAUAACCCUCCAAGUUCCCCAGUUGUCUUUAACUCAACCAUUCAACUUCUCUAGAAAUUACCAGUCUCCCUCUUUACCUUAAUCUUAAGGCAUCUUUUUCUUAAUAAAAGCUUUCCUUUUAAGUCUGAAAUAAUCCCACUGGAAUUAUUCUCUCCCUCUUUUUACAUAAAUGAGCCUACAACCUUUCCCAACAUAAAUGAGAGCAGGACUUGGUCUGUCCUGAAUAUGAAGAUGCAGUAUCGUGCUAACCUGUAGAACUGCUUUAUUAAUUUAAUUGAUAAAAAGAUAGUCAACCUGCAGGGAGGGGAGGAAAUGUCUAGAAAUCAUCGGCACCUUGCUAUUAUGCUUAGAGUUGGAAUUCUCAUAUUGAAUUAUAAUCUGCCCACAAUCUAUUCAAAGCUACAGGAACCAAAGUAAUUCCUCUGUCAUGCAAAAUCUUUCCUCUGUUUGUAGACUGUGCCCAUCUAAGUCAAUAGAAGGAUUAAGUUCUGACAACUUGCACUCAGUGAAAAAUUCACCCUAUCUCCAAGCAGCUACUUUUUAUUAAUCAGAUGAACAUCAUCUAUGGGGAAAAUAUACAUCCAUCUUAAUAACAGCCAUGCUUAGUAAGGCAUGUUGAUUUCCUCCCCCCCAAAAAAAAACAGGAUGGAAAAAAAGACUUUCAAUUCAAAGAGUCCUAACAGAUUUUUUUCCCUCCUGAAGUCACCUGCAAUACAAAAAUCUGAGAUGUCAUGAAAACAUCUUAAAGAAAACCUGAAAAUAAAAAAAAGGAAAAAAACACAUCUAUGAAAAAGCAUUGCUUUUUCACCUUAAAAACCAUAUCAGAUAAUGACAGCAAUCACAAGAACACUGACAAAAAUCUGACUGUUACUGGGCCAGCAGCAGCACCACCUUCAGAACAUGGAGACAAUUCCAUGUCAUCUUUAGGUCUCCUGAGUGGAAGAUAGUUCAGGAUUCACAGUUCAUUUGUCAUCAGACUAAUAAGUCAGGGAAGAAGCUUAGGAAAUAAUCAGCCUGAAAUAAGUACGUGGUUUUACUUGGAACCAUGAUAAACACUGAGCUUUUCCACAAUGCAUCCCAACCCAUUGCUUUGCCAAGGCAAGGGAGAACACAUUACUUUCAUUUGACUUACUGCACCAUGACUUCCAGCUCUUGCUUUAGUUUGGAGAAAAGCAUGUGUACAUUUGUGAUUGACUUACAUGGGUACAGCAGACAGUCAUGUAAGCUGCCCCUGUUUUAUAAAGCACAAUAGUUGAUAAGGCUGAACAGAAAACUUCAAGCUUUGCCCCAAAUAUGAGUUUCAAGCACACCCUGUGCAUACUUCUGUGUUGUGUAUUUUGGCUAGCAGAAGAUUAGAGAUGUUAGCUUUGGACAGAAGCCAUUCACCUUGCAUAAUAUUUAUUGCACUGAGUUGGAUAUUGGAAACAUAUUUUGAGAACUUUCAUUUCAGUUUUAUUUGUCUAUUUCCCCCAAAAUGGCUUCAUUUGAAUAUAAUGGCUUAACAGGCCUUCAAAUUCAACCUUAACACAUUUUAAAAGACUGGUUCUCCUGCCAUAUUCAAAACAGAGUUCAGAACUGAAUGACAGGGCGUUAGUCACAAAAAUUGAGCUGCAAAUAAGGUAGGCAAAUCUUAAGGGUUAUGAUAAGUUACACAGUAAAAGUGAACAGCCAAGGAAUCAAAGCCCAUUCAAUUUUAUUUGCUGUAAUCUGAUCAAGUCCAGAAAUGAUUCUGCAGUACCAUCCCAGAAAUAAUUCCCAGUGUCAGAGAGCUUACAGAAUUAAUAGAUAAGACCAUGUAAAGAUCAGAGAGAAAAAUAUGGAGCAAAAAAAACAGAAAAAGCAGGGCCAGGACUAUAAGGAAAACCACCAAUAGGAUAAAGACUGGAACCUACAGUUCCACUGUACCCAACCUGUGGUUUUCUCUGUAGGACUCUGAGGUCUUUUUUUUUUUCUAGUAUAAUGAGCACACAUCACAGAUGUCACUGCACUACACAGAAUAAUCACUCAGUUUGUCACUAAUAAAUAUUUCCUGAGUCACUCCUCCAUUGGACAGUAAUAGUAAUACUAGAUACUAGCUCAUAUCACAGCAUGUUUGGAUAUCACAGUACGUAAAUAGCUUGGACAUCAAAGCAUGUUGUGACAUAUUUACAUUUCUUGGCAUUUUGCCUGUAAUCUCUGUGAAAUGAAGGAACGUUGCUGGAGGUCACCACAUAUCACUUAUCCUUCUGCCCAGUCAUCCUGCAGUGCAGGUUGUCCAAGCAAGGUAUCUGCUGGGCUCAUAGCCAGCACCCUUCUGCCAGCUCACAGCAUCCAGCUCACACCAUCUCCCCUGGCUAGGGAAGAAGAAACCACUUGCAGUAAGUUUAAGAGAAGAUGCUUCUCACAGAUGCUAGCUCAGGAACCCCAGGUGAAUGGCUUCAGUGUAGUUUGCUGACCAAGUAUUUUUUAUUUUCUUGUCUUCCCUAAGCUAUGACUUAGGGUAACUUUUUUUUUUUUAAUCCUUGGCGUGUAAGGAUUGCAAUACUAGAAAAUGAGACCCUCACUGUGAUUAAUAAAACAGGUUAUUUAUUAAUCAGCUACAGUAGCUCAGUAUUAAAAUACAUCACUAUUGGUGUAUCAGCACAGAUCUAUGCACAUCCGUCGCAUUGGAUCAUGAUUUUAUUCCAUGUCAGUUUAUAGUGUAUGUCAGAUUUGAUGUAUGUUCUGGAAGUAACACUGACUACCAGCUUCAUUUUUAUUCAGUGGAUUUCUCAGAGGUGAGAAUCCAACUGCUUUGUCUCUUUUAAAGAAAACUCAGAUUUCCAAUGACAAAUUCCCAGGAGAAAGGGACUUAAAAAUAAAUAUAUCCACACUGUGUAAGACAGGAAAUACCAGUGAUAGUAUUUACUCAUAAGAAACAAUCAAGAGUCAUUCAAUGUCUAGCAAACAGGUAUACAGUUUUCCACUGUUGGAUCCAAAGUUAAUGUUUGCAUGAUUCACCCUAUCAACUCAGCUGCAACUGACACUACUACAAUUCACAGUAUGUGUAGUGGUAAUAUUAGAAUGGAAUGUUGUUUUCUACCAAGCUACUGUCCCAGUAAAUAUACCAUACCACCAGCAACAGGUCUAACUUCCACUCUGUAAUUGUUCUAAUGUUUCUCUUGCCAAUGUUUAACUAUAGAUGCUGUAUUAACAUGCAUUGCCACUUGAAGAACCAGUCAGUAAGCUGGGACAGAAGGUAUGUUGUAUUUUAUGACUGAUGCAGUUUCUCUGCAAUCCCUUGGGCUGUUGAAUAAUGCAAUACUUCUUCCGGAAAAAAAAUGAUUAAGUGAUUUAUGAUAACUAUGUUUUAUACAGGUGUCAAAAAUCUACUUUUUGAACUUCCCAUUCCUCCAAUCUCCAGCAUAAUUUAGGAACACCCAAGGUACAGAGCUGUAUGUUUGUCUAAGUUCUUUAAUGUACAACUGAGGAGAGAUAGAGGGAAAGAGCACUAUGCUCAAUGCAUUGAUUAGUAAAAUGCUAAAUCCCAAUCAGUCCUUACAUAUACCACCAUUAGAGAGGAGUUUCCCAUCACACCUUUAUGUCAGAGAAACCAAAGUGCCAUAGAAGUUAUCACAGCUAUCACUCCUAACUUUGCUUAGUACCACAAGAUAUUUCUAUUUUAUAUCCAAAAAGCAUAGGGGCUUGUUAUAGCUCCAGAGUGAUCAACGUACCACAGAGCGUGCAACAUUUCAGCUUCAGCCUGUUUUGGCUUAAUUGGAGCAGAAAGCCAGUUUCCUAAGUUUGAGCUCGUGGGCUUGAGUGUCUGCACGUGUGUUUGUGGGUGCACGUGUGUGCUUUGUCCCAGCCUAAAUGCAGGCUUUCCUGCCCUUUAGGAGGCACCUUAAUCUAGCUACAGCAAGAUCUUGCCAAGCAGUAAUCCACACUUCUCAUUUACAGGAAUGAUUAACUGCCCUGCAGAUUCAUGCUUACACUGAAUUUUAAAUUGCAUGUUUGUCAGUUUUUGAUUCAAAUGUAUUUCAAAUAUUUUUUCCUGUUCCGCCUCCUGCUUUUGUGAACUGUUUUGAAGAGUGUAAUAAAAAGAUGCUUUCUAAUAUUAUUUUGUCAAAAUAUUUUUGUAGCAUAAUAUAUUAA